GACGUCAUCACUUUGCGCCCAUACGUUCUGCGCGGACACAGGGUUAAAAAAAAGAUGGCGGUGACCGCGGCCCUGAUCUGGAAGGGGCCACUUCGUGGUGCCAGAGGAUGUUGGACUUUGCAAUCCAUGUAUUCCCCUUGCAGGUUUUGUAGUACAGGGGCAACCAUGAAGAACAUCAAUAAGCCAGUUCUUGACCGCAUAAUCAGAGUGGAUCAUGCAGGAGAAUAUGGUGCUAAUCGCAUUUAUGCAGGGCAAAUGGCAGUGUUGGGUAGGACUUCUGUAGGACCAAUUAUUCAGCAAAUGUGGAAUCAGGAAAAGGACCACUUGAAAAAAUUCAAGGAGCUAAUGAUCUUGUACAGAGUCCGGCCAACUGUUCUCUUGCCUUUCUGGAAUGUUGCAGGUUUUGUGUUGGGUGCUGGGUCCGCUUUACUUGGGAAAGAAGGUGCAAUGGCUUGCACAGUGGCUGUGGAAGAGAGCAUCUCUGAGCAUUAUAACAACCAAAUCAGGACACUCAUGGAAGAAGAUCCAGACAAAUACAGAGAAUUAUUAGAGACUAUAAAGAAAUUCCGAGACGAAGAGCUAGAGCAUCAUGACAUUGGGCUUGACCACGACGCAGAGCUGGCUCCAGCAUAUUUGUUUUUGAAAAAUGGUAUACAAAUUGGAUGUAAAGCUGCAAUAUUUUUAUCAGAAAGAAUAUAGUGAACUUGUUUUCUGGCAAUUGUACAAUAACAGUUGUAAAUUAAAAUAUUAUGGGUGCUGGUUGUAAAUUAAGAUGAUGAUGCCUUAUCCAAAUAAUGUAAAGCUAAAUUCAUACAGCAUUGUGUCUUCCAUUUCUGUGUCUACAAGUUUGGUUAUCUUCAUGUCCUCGUUACAACAAGGAAAUCUUAUACUGAUGAGGUGGUAAGCUUUUUUUUCAUAAAUAAUGCUGUGUUACCAACACCAUUCUAAUAUUUAUUUUGUCUAAAACAACGGCAAAAAUAGGACAACAUACACUGCAUACAUCUUGAACUGUGGUUUUUUCCCCCAUGGUUGGGAAAUCUUUGACCUUCUACAUCAUUUUGUACUACAGCUUCCAAAAUCUCUUGCCUUUGAGAUUUAAAAGAGCCUAAAGUUUCUCAUUCCUGACUCAGGUUGUCAGAAUUUAAUAGAGAAAAUAAACAAUAUAUUAUACCAGUA